AUGUCUCUGGCAAACCACUCGGACGCGUCUCCCUUCUCGCUGCUACGCCAAACUGCCACGGCCUCGUCAAUGCAGUGGACCGACACGAUUCUCUGGUUAUUCCUCGCUGUCUUCUUGAUCGUAUCGUCCCUUUUCUGCUUCAGUUACCGUCACUGCUGCCGAUUUCUACCACGACGACCGAAUGAGGCAAUGAGGCCACGCGACAUGGAGGAGCCACUAUUGGGAGCGCUCAGCCAGAACCAAAUGCCACCACUUGUCCGCCAUUCGCUUGCUCGCGAGUUUGAACCGUCGGCGCCUCCAUUGUGCUGGGAACUGGAGCAACGUGGAUCCUCUUCAUGA